UCCCGGGGCGCAGCAGCUGCUGAUCCGGCGGGGCGCGGCGGGAUCCGCGACCGAGGCGGCGCUCGGCGCGCGGGUUCUUCCGCAGCAGCGCAGUCCAGGCCGAGGGGAAUCCUUCUGCAGCUCCAGCAGCCGGAAAUGGCGUAUCAGUCAACGCGGGAAACGCCAUGGGGCACCAUGGAGGGGAGCAGCCUUGGCAAGCAACAAGGCCAUGCCGUUCUGGAGGUCCCAGGCCAUUCUGGAGGUCCCGGGCCGUCGGGGGUCCAGCCCGGCAGCCCCUUGGAGGGGGAGGACCCUGAACUCCGGCUGAUCCUGGUCGGGAAGACUGGAGGUGGGAAGAGCGCCACGGGCAACACCAUCCUCGGCCGCAGGGAAUUCGAGUCCAUCUUGGGGGCAACGACAACAACCCUGAGGUGCCAAAGAGGGCAGGGAAGCUGGCGUGGCAUGAAGAUUUCCGUGGUCGACACGCCAGCCAUUUUUGAUUCCGAUGACUUCAAUGAGAUGGUGCGACGUGAGAUCAUGGCUUGCAUUGAGCUCUCCCGGCCUGGCCCCCACGCCCUGAUUUUCGUGACCCAGGUGGGGCGCUUCACCGCAGAAGACGCGGCAGCCGCAAAGCGCGUCCAGGAUAUCUUCGGGGCAGAGUCCGCCCGGCACACGAUCGUCCUCUUCACCUGCAAGGAGGACCUGGGAGGGGACCCCCUGCAGAAGUACCUCCGAGAGUCCAACAACAGGGCUCUGCGGGCCCUGAUCCGGCAGUGCGGGCAGCGCGUCUGCGGGUUUAACAACAAGGCCGGGGGGGCCGAGCGGGAGGGGCAGGUCUCUGAGCUGAUGGGGAUGGUGCAGGGGAUCGUUUCGGGGGAGGGGGGGAGAUAUUACGUCAGCCAGCUGUACUUGGAGCCCAUCUUGCAGGAUGCCCAAGUCAGAUCUUUCCUGGCCAAGAAAAUCAGGAAUCGGGCAGCACUGGGACCUUGGCGUUCCAAAAGCAGUUGGAUAUUUUUUAUUUUGUCGCUUGGCUUCAUGGCAGUGAUUGUGAUUGUGAUUGUUCUCAUUGUCCAUCUUUCAUGAAUUCUUUCCAAGCUUUUCGGACGAAGGGGAAGGUGCUGUGUCUGCAUGGGCACGUGAGAGACAGGGAGGGUUCUUCAUCUUCCCUCCCCCAAUGUCUCUUCGCUUCUUUCCACCAUUACUCAAAAGAAGAGCCAUUGUGCUAUGUGGAGAUUCCUGCCAAGUUAGUCACGUUAUUUGAAUAUUGUGCGGAUUUGUCCUGAUGACAGUGGACAUGCAGGACCCGACGAGAGCAGGAGGGGAUACGGAGGAUGCUGGGAGAGCCCCAGUUCCCUCCCUUCCUGAGCCCAGUGGGUCACCAGCCUGCUUUCCCUGUCACCAGGCCUUGGACACUAACGGUCAGCACCUGGGUGGGUCUCAAAAGCUGAGCAGAUUGGAGACCUGGGGAAACCCCGGGGAGGGGGCUGGACUGGGGAAUCCAAAGGGGGG